AUGAAGGUUGGCGGCAAUGGUGCUGCGAGCGACUUCUUUGCGGCGCAUGGCGGCAACGCUCUCCUGGCUCCAUCGACGGAAGGCAAGGCCAAGUACACGUCUCAGGUUGCUCAGCGCUACAAGGAAGAGCUGCACCGCCGCGCCAUUCAGGACGCCGCAGGACUCACGCUCAUGGAUCCUUUCGUUCUCCCCGGCGCCGUGGAAGCCGGUGCCGCCGCCAAGAAGCCAACCGACAUGGAUUUCUUCGACGAGUGGGAGUCAGCGACGGCGACGCCUACCGACGAUGCACCGGCCGCGGUGCCCGCGCCGCCGAUCGCUGAGACGCCCCUCGCGGACAAGGUGAGUGCUCCAGCGCCGACGCCUGCUCCUUCGGCUGCACCUACGACCGCGCCUACGCGCCCUGUGGCUACGUCUCUUCGUGCGGGUGUGCGUCCAGGAGCUGUGCGCGGCGGUGCGCGCGGCGGUGCACUGGGAGCGGUGCGUGCUGGAACAGGCAGCGCCGCGCUUGGCGCACGCCCUGCGAAGUUGGGUCUGGGUGUCCGCAAAACGGGCGCGCCGGUAGACUUUGAUGAGGCGGAGCGUCGCGUCAAGCUGGAGCAAGAGCAGGCUAUACGGGCCGCGAAGGAGGCGCAGGAGAAGGCGGCACAGGAGGAGCUCGAGAAAGUCCAGCUGCAAGAGCAGUUGGCCCAGGCGCAGAAGCAGAGUGCGCUGACCUCGAACGCGAAAGCGGCGGAGGCAGCCAAGGUGCCCGCCAAGCCGGCAAUGAAGAGCAACACCGGUGUAGACCGUCUAGGCAUGGGAUUCUCGCGUCUCGGCCUGGCACAAGCACGCACGAAUGCAGCAUUGCAGACAAAGAGUACCAACACCACUGGCGACACAGAAGAGUCGAGCUACGCGCGGCAAAACUUUGCCUCGCAAAAAUCGAUCUCCAGCGACCAGUACUUCCAGCGCGGUGGCUACGACCCGAAUCUAUCGGCAGAAGCACAGGCACACCUGGCCAAUUUUCAGGGAAAGACAUCCAUCUCGUCCAACCAGUACUUGUACGUUGCUCGCGCUGACCACAGUGGCCGUGAGGAAGAGGACGAGGGCGAGCUGCCGUCGGAGCGCGAUGACUUUUCCGAACUGGAGGCCUCGGCACGCGCUUAUUACCGCAAGUUCAUGUCAAACCCAGAUGUACAGCAAGGAAUCGAAACGAUUCGUACCGGAGCGCUCAAGCUUUCGCAGUACCUGGAAGAUUUCAGCCGCAAUGGUUCGUAG